AAUGCAAUAUAACUAAAUGAUCAAUUCUGUUGUAGAAGCUCCAACAAAAGAAUAUCCUUAAAGAUAUUUUGUAUUAACAAAGCUUCUUGGAGCAGGAGGUGAAGGAGCAGCAUAUUUGGCUACUGCUGAUAAUUGGGGUAAUAAUCCUAAAAAAGUUGCUCUUAAAUUACAAAAGAAUAUGAAAGAUAAUGAGAAAUACUUUAUAUAAAAUUUAAUAAAAUAUUAAAACAUUUAUGAGAAUGGAAAUAAUCAACAAUACACUCCCAGUAACAUAAUUCGAAUAUAUGAAUAUUUUGAAUGGAAAGCUAACCAUUGCAUUAUUAUGGAAGUAGGCUCAGAAAGUUUAUAUGAUUAAAUAGCUAAAAAUAACAAUUAAUCCAUAGAUGACAAAAUAAAAAUAUGUUUUGAUGUAAUAAUUUUAUUUUUAAUAAACUUUUAGAUAAGUCAACCAAUUCUUUUUUUACAUAAAUAAAACUAAAUCCAUCGAGAUAUCAAACCAGAAAAUUAUAUAAAAGUAGGAGAUAUUUUUAAAUUAAUUGACUUUGGCUUGGUUCGUGGAAAUGCCCCUUUGGACUAAAAAACAUAAUAAGUUGGCACUUUAAUAUUUCAAGCACCAGAACUUAUAGAAUCAUAGAAUAAUUAUACAGAAAAAGUUGAUAUCUGGGCAUUAGCAUGUGUGUUUUAUGAAGUAUUAUCUUCUAAUUCAUUAUUUAAUGGUAUACUAAAUUUAUAUUUUUAGGAUCAAGUUACAAUGAAAUAAUAAAUUAAAUAAAAAGACACAAAACUAAUCCAACUUUUGUUAAAACAAAAAUAAAUUAUUUAUAAACUCCAGAAGAGAUUAAAAAAUUGAUAAUAUCGAUGUUGAAUUAUGAUGCCUCUAAUAGGCCUUCGAUAGAUAAGGUUUAUAAUGAGUUUUAAAAAUAUAAAAAGCCCACUAUUACUCCUACUUCUACUGGUGGGGAGGAUAGAAAUACUGGAAUGUAAAAUUUAAUAACACAACCUGAAAAAGAAAAACCGCAAAAUUAAGAAAAACCAACAGUAUAAUAAUAAAAAGAUGUACAAAAUCCUCAAAUUGACAAUAGAGGAACUGGUUUUCCUGCAAAUUUAUAAACAAAUUAAAAACAAGAACAAGAAAAAAAACAGCCUUAGAAUAUAUAACCACAACAAUUAGAAUAAAAAGAAAAACUAUAAAACAAUUUAAGUGAAUAAUAGAUUAUAACAAUGAUUGAAAAUAAAUGCUAAUCAAUAAUUGAAAAUAAAGUCUAAUUAAAAAUUGAAAAAGCAUUAUAAAGUUAAAAAGAAACUUAUGAAAACUAAAUUAAAUCUACAUAAAAAGAAAUAAACUAAUUAAAAUUAGAGUAAUAAUAAAAAUUAGAAUAAAAUAAAAAAUUAUUCGAAGAAUAAUUAGAAAAAAAUAUUUAUUCUUAAAUAUAAGUAGAAUAUUAAAAAUUAGUAGUAUAAACUAAAAAUGAAUUAGAAGAGAGAUUUAAAAAAAUAAAUUUAUAAGCAACAUAAUAGCAACAAUAGAAUUAAAAUAUACCCAUAUAAAAAUAAUUUGAAGAUUAAAGAUAAUCUUUUACUUCUUCAUUAUAAUAAUAAUAAGCAGAAUAUUAAAAAUUAGUAGUAUAAACUAAAAAUGAAUUAGAAGAGAGAUUUAAAGAGAUAGAAUCCUAAUAACAAUCAUAAAAAGCGAAAUAACAAUUAUUAGAAUAAAAUUAAAUAUAUUUAAAAGAUUUUUUAGAAUAACAAUCUUAAAUCUAAAAUAAUAACAUUUAAAAACAAUUUGAAUCCAUCGGUUCUUAAUUAAAAGAAUAACUAGAAAAAUAUUUACAUUUAGAAAUUUAAAAAAGUUAAAAUGAAUUAAUAGAGAGAGUUAAAAUAAUAGAACUUUCAAUGUAAUAAAAAUUCAAUGAAUUAACGUAAAGAAAAGCACUUGAGAAUAAUGCCUUUGAAAUGAAAGUUGUUUAAAAUUAACUAGAAAAUCCAAAUAGUGUUGAAAACUAAUAGGAUGUUGACAGAAAUUAAUUAAUGAUUAAUAUUGAAAAUUCAAAUAAUUAAUUAUAUGCGAUUACUAAUUUAGAAUAAUAAUCAAAAAAUCAAAAUGUAAUUUUCAAUUAAGAAUCGGAUUCAACUAACUAAAAUAAAUUAGAAAAUAUUGAAAAGUAUAAACAAGAGAAAGAUUUUAUCUUCAAAUUAUUUUAACUUUUUAACUAAAAUCUAGUUUAAGAAUUAAAAAACUUAAUAGGAAAGUAAAAUUAAUUAGAGUCAGAAUAAUAUUUGCAGAAUUAGAAUCAAUCUGACCAAUGUCAAAAUAACUAAGAUAACAAUUUAUUAUAAAAUUAACAAUAAUAGUAAGUUUAAUCAAAUAAUCAAUAAUUUUAGGAAAAUCAAGAAGCUGAAACUAUAUAGAAUAGUUUAUAAAAUGAAUUACCAUAAUCUUAAUAAUUAGAUUAGUAAGCUUAGAACAAUCAAAAUAACUAAGAUAACAAUUUAUUAUAAAAUUAACAAUAAUAGUAAGUUUAAUCAAAUAAUUAAUAAUUUUAGCCAACUAAUUAUACUGAGAAUGUAUCAAAUCCUUUAUCAAAUGAAGAGACAUAAUCUUAAAAAUAGUAUUAGUAUGAUGAGAAUAAAGCUUAAAACAAUAUAACUGAAUAAGAAAACAAUACAUUCUAACAACAACAAGUUUAAUUUAAUUUGUCAAAGUUAGAUUAAUAAAUUACUUAGGAAUAAACAUCAGAAGACAUAUUGUAAAAUUUUUUUUCAUAAUCAAAUGAUCUAUAAAAGCAUUUAAAUAAAUUAGAUGAAUAAACUGUGAAUUAAUUCUAGAUUGUUUUUUCAAAUUUAAAACAAGAAUUAUUUCUUUAAGUUGCAAUUUUAGGAUAGUAUAUCAAUGAUUUAAAAAAAUAGAAUUAAGUUUAAAAUAAUGAGAGCAAACAGUAGAUUAAUACUUUAACUUAAGAGAUUUAAGAUAUAAAACAAAAUUAUUAAAUUUAAAUUAAUGAGAAAUAACAAUAGAUUAAUAAUUUAAAUAAAUAGAAUGACGAUUUAAAAUAAUAAAAUUAUGUAUAAACUAAUGAAAGCAAAAUGUAGAUUGAUACUUUAAACUAAGAGAUUUAAAAAUAAAAAAAAUUAAAUUAAGAUUAAAAUAAUGAGAGCAAACAGUAGAUUAAUACUUUAACUUAAGAGAUUUAAGAUAUAAAACAAAAUUAUUAAAUUUAAAUUAAUGAGAAAUAACAAUAGAUUUAUAAUUUAAAUAAAUAGAAUGACGAUUUAAAAUAAUAAAAUUAAGUAUAAACUAAUGAAAGCAAAAUGUAGAUUGAUACUUUAAACUAAGAGAUUUAAAAAUAAAAAAAAUUAAAUUAAGAUUAAAAAAAUGAGAGCAAACAGUAGAUUGAUACUAUAAAUAAAUUGAUUAAAUAUUUAGAACAAUUGAACUAAGAUUAAAUUAAUGACAGGAAGAACUAAAUUGAUUCUUUACCAGAGUAAAUUAAUAUUUUAAAAUAAAAAAAUGAAGAUUAAAUAACUGAAAGCAAGAGGUUGAUUUAAACUUUCAAUAAAUGGAUUGAAUUUUUAGAAAAUUAGAAUUAACAUUUAAAUCAAUAGUGUAAGCACUGGAUUGAACAGUUUAAGAAUUAAAUUAUUGAACCAGAAGACUAUACAAAUAAAGAUAAAAAUAACAAGACCAAGAAAUUGAUUGAAGAAUUAAAAUAAUAAAAUGAAAUUCAAACUAAUAAGAACAAUUAGCUAAUUGAGAAAUAAAAUAAGUUGAUUGAAGAUUAUCAGAAGCACAAUUAAGUUAAAACUAAUGACAUUCAAAUUUUAAUAAAUGAGACUUAAGAUUUACAAAAAUAUUAUUAAGAUUUAACUAAUAAGAAAAAAAAUUAGAUUGAUAAUUAACCUCUGUAAAUUGAAGAUUUAUAAUAAAAAAAUGAAGAUUAAAUUAAUGAAAGCAAGAAGGUGAUUUAAACUUUCAAUAAAUGGAUUGAAUUUUUACGACAGUUGAAUUUAGAUUAAACUAAAAAUAUAUAGAGUUAAAAUUAAAUGAUAGAAACUUUGUUAAAUUAAACGAAUGAUCAAUAAAUAAAGAUCAAUGAUCAAUAAAUAAUCAUUAAUUAGGAAAGCUUGAGAAGUUUAGAUGCAUAUUGA